AAACCGAUUUGCAAACGUGAUCAGUAUGAAUCCUCUGAAGAUUUUCUGUUUUAUGGCUUUCGUAUUAGCCAUUGCUAAUGCUUCACCCAAGCAUGGCAAGAACAAGGACAACGUGAAUAGCUUAAAACCUGUGGAUUGGUUAUCGGCCUCUGAAUUAGAAUCGAUGCCAUCAGUCGAGGAUAUCACUUUGCAACAGUUGGAGAACAUGUCAAUGGAAGAUGCCCAGCGAAAGAUUGAGAAGCUAUAUCACUUGUCUCAAAUUAAUCAUGCUCUAGAACCGUCCUUUGUUCCGAGCCCCAGUAAUGUGCCGGUUAUCUUGAUGAAACCCAAUGGACAGCCCGAGCGUACCAAUCUCAAUGAACUAGUCCAAACUGCCAAGCAACAGCCCAACUUUGGCGAUGAGGAAGUAACCAUUUUCAUCACUGGUUUGCCACAGUCGUCUCCUUCUGUUGCAAAGGCAAACAAAAAAUUGAUCCAGGCUUAUAUGCAGCGCUACAAUGGACAGCGUCAACCAAUCAGCAAUAACCAGGACUAUGACUAUGGCAACAAUAAGGACAAUCAAGGUGCCACUUCAAGUGAAGAAGACUACAGUGAAUCGUGGAAGAACCCCAAACCCACAAAGGGCAACCUUGUGGUCAUCAGCUUGGGCUCCACCCUCACCAACAUGAAACGUUUAGCUCUCAUCGAUGUAGAACAAACCGGUAACAUGAUCGGUAAAGCUCUCGUCGAACUGACUAACGAAUGUGAUGUACCACAAGAGAUCAUUCAUAUUGUUGGACAAGGUGUUGGUGCACAAGUUGCCGGUGCUGCUGGACGUCAAUACAAACGUUUGACAGGUCAUCAAUUGCGUCGUAUCACAGCUUUGGACCCUGCAAAAUUGUUCGCUAAGGACAAGGAUAUGUUAACUGGUUUGGCUCGUGGUGAUGCUGAUUUCGUUGAUGCCAUUCACACUUCGACUUGUGGAAUGGGAACACGCCAACGAGUUGGUGAUGUCGACUUCUACGUCAACGGUCCAGCUUCCGCUGCUCCAGGCGCUACCAAUGUAAUUGAAGCAACUAUGCGUGCAACUCGUUACUUCGCCGAAUCUGUACGCCCAGGUAAUGAACGUAACUUCCCUGCUGUCGCCGCCAACUCCAUGGACCAAUACGAAAAUAACGAUGGCGCUGGCAAACGCGCUUACAUGGGUAUUGCUACCGAUUUCGAUUUGGAGGGUGAUUAUAUUCUGAAGGUGAAUUCAAAGAGUCCUUUCGGCAAGAGCGCUCCCGCUCAAAAGCAAAGCACUUAUCAUGGCCAACACCAGGCAUGGAAAAGCGGCAAAAACCAGAACAACAAUUAAUAAGCUAAUAAUUUAGCAACUGGAAUCUCCCAUCGAAGAUUAGAAGGAUACUUUACUUUUUAACUAAUAAUUUUUGUACCUUUUUGAAUUUUCAUAGAAAAUAAACUAAGCAUUUUUUAUGUAAAACUAUGCUUAUAGAAGCAAUUUUCGGGAAUUUAAA